AUGAAAUCGGUUAUAGCUAUGUGGUUCGAACAGUUCUACUCUGGAAUAAUUACAACCGCUUUCGUUGCUGGAGCCGUUUACAUGAGUUAUCCGUUCAACAAAUGGGACGUUGGAAGAGCUUUCCGCCGUAAUAUGUGCACUCCACAAAGAGUAGAGCUCUCAAAAAGAGAUCAUCGCCUUACGGGAAACCAGUACCGUAUUGCGGGACUUGACACUUUCCCAGAAAAGUAA